CUCUUCUCCCGCAUACGCAGCUCACUGCUGAUCACAGUUAACACGCAGACACAUGCUCACACAGAAAAGAGACACUGAAUGAUACAGGCCAGCAACAUAUAUAUUUUUAACAGGAAUUCACAAAUACAAGGCUGUCAUCAUGAGUAUUAAACAAGCUUGCAUCUUUCUCAGGGGAGGAACAAGGAGACCUACAAGAGCUCUUACAAAUGAUGAGAUUGACGAGUUGCGUGAAGCUUUUGUCGAGUUUGAUAAAGACAAAGAUGGUUUCAUAACCUGUAAGGACCUGGGGAACCUGAUGAGGACCAUGGGUUACAUGCCCACUGAAAUGGAGCUCAUAGAACUGAGUCAGAACAUCAACAUGAACUUGGGGGGACGGGUGGACUUUGACGAUUUCGUGGAACUAAUGACCCCCAAGCUUUUGGCUGAAACUGCAGGGAUGAUUGGGCUGAAGGAACUUAAAGAUGCAUUUCGAGAGUUUGAUAUUGAUGGAGAUGGCUCUAUUACAUCUGAUGAGCUGAGACACGCCAUGAUAAAGUUACUAGGAGAACAAACCAGCAGAAAUGAAAUCGAAGCAGUGGUCAGAGAAGCUGACAACAAUGGAGAUGGGACAGUUGACUUUGAGGAGUUUGUGAAAAUGAUGUCGCAGAAAUGAAGACAACAGAAUGAAUGGAUGACUGUGAAAGGAGAGGAUGCAUUUUUUAUUAAAUUUUAUGUUGAUGAUAGCCUAAUUCUUAUGAGUAAUUGUAUUCUAUUUUUUAGACGAUAAAACUUUAGGGCCAGUGUCCACAUAGCGUUUUUCUUUGGCAGAAAAGCAGUGGCACGGGGGGAGACUUCAUCACAGCAUUUCAUGAAAAAAGGGCUUCCAGCGUCUUCAGUGUCCACAUUCAGUGUCUAGGAUCUGCUCCAACAAAUGAGCUUUUCUGUCUCUAUUAUGAUGUCAUAUGGCUCGGAAAAAGUCCUACCCUAUAUGAUUGGUUGCCUGAAAGAGGUGGCUAUGGCGCUUCUCAAAAAGUUCAGAGCUCUAAAAAAUACAGCUUUUCUGGAGGCAACACACACUCUCUCCUCAGUGGGAACAACUCAGAAAGAAAAAAAAACGCCAUGUGGACACACAGCCCGAGAUAGCCACACCCUAUAGUUUAGGGAUAUGUUAGCUCAGCAUUUUGAAAAGUUCAUUGUCACCUAGUUCGCCCUGAAUCCUGCAGAGCUGUCAAACAGAGCAGCAGGUGCGAACAUCAUUAUCAGCUGUUUAAAAAUGGAAGAACCAAUACAUAUGUGAAAUUAGAGGUGUCUGCCAUGUCCAGCUAAACAAGUCGGCAGAGGCAAAAGUACAGUGAGCAAGUUUCUGUGUUGGGGAGAUGCUGUGGGUGAGCUGUGCCGUGGGCUGGUCUUGGGAACUAAACUAAAAUCAAAUGGUGAAAUAAUAUAUUUUACAGUUUUUGUUACUCAAAGGCGGCUUUCGUGAAAUCAGUUGGCAUUGCUGUGUCUCAGCUACAGUUACAACUCCGUUGUUGACAUCUACACUGUCUACAAGUUGUAAACUCAUAAAUACAAUAAUUGCAGUGUUACAUGAAUGCAGCAUUAGCCCACAGGAGUCAGUAAAAUAACAAGACUCUGCAAGGACAAAACUCUCAUGAACAGUCUGCUUCUGUCACCCCCACCUUUUCUCUAUAGGUUACAUUUGGGCAAACCUCACCCACUCUCAUUCACAUUAAAAGGGGUAUAAUAUGGAGGAUGAGCCCAUAGCAUUUUAUGAUACCUUGCAGUAGAUAAUGGUGUGUGGGUGGCAUGGAAGGGGAUGAGCUAUGUGCAUGCUUCUUCCCAAUGACUCCUAAGGCUUUAUUAGUUGUGGACAAUGACAACAGCUCUUUAAUGCAGCUCCUUGCCUGCUGUAGGGAGUGUCUGCAGUGAAUUUAAUCUGAUCCAGAGGACAUUAUCAGUCAGCUGAGAAUGUUCAGCACUGACCUCCUAAAAGUAAUGAUUGACUCUGCCUUUAAUGUGGCUGCAGCCUCGACCCGGGCAUAAAACCAUCUGUCCCUCCGGCGACACCUGGAGAACGUGAACUCAGCAGGACCAACUGUCCUCUACUGCCACUUCUUCACCUCCCAUGCUUCUGCCUCACCAGGGCAUAAAGGCAGCCCACCAUCUGCCUGAAGUUUCUUUUAUAAUGGUAUCAGUGAUGGAAUGUAGAAAAGUACACUUACUCAAGUACUGUACAUAAGUAUAAUUUUGAGGUACUUAUACUUUACUUAAGUAUUUGCAUUUUUAUGCUACUUGAUUCCUUGACUCCGCAACAUUCUGAAAGCCCACGUAGAACUUUUACUCCACUACAUUUGUUAGACAAUACUAGUUACUUGCUACCCCGCAGAUUCAGAUUAUUCACACAGAAAAUAAAUUAACAUACAAAUGCCAGAGUGUUAAUACGUUAAGUUAGGCCCAGCAGUUUGGUCAGUUGGAAAUGAUCCCCACAUUUACUAGCGGCAACAUUAGUGCUGCUUACACAUCAGUGCAUUACUAAUUGUAAUCCAGUUAUCCAUAAUAUAUAUAAUUAUCUAAAAUUGGCCGUAUGGAGUGCUCUUCAGCCAAUACUAAAAUAUUUAUUGCUAGUAAGUAAAAUUGCUAAGUAAAAGAUCUGAGUAGUACUUCCACCACUGAAUGGUAUUCACAAAUGUGUUUUGUUAAAGUGUACCUCUGAGUUUGACUUUUUGCAUACAAGUAUACCUUUAUCUUAAAGACAAAUUGGACAUUUUGUGAAAAUUAAAUAAAAAUGCAAGGCAUUUCUCAGAUGUUUGUGAUUUUUCCUUUUUUUUCUUUGCAAAUUUCCCCUGUUGCAGCAGGGCUGACACACAGGUCUGAUGAGAAAGUGUUCCAUUGUGAGACAUAGUGAUCAGCAGCCCAGUCGCCAGAAGGCAAUGUUGGCUUUGUGCGGUUCUGCAAGACAGAUAUGUUACAUUUGCAUGUUGCAUGCAUAUCAUAUUAACAUUUCUAAAGUGACGUAGUAUAUGAGCUGCUUUGUCAUACAUAGGGAGGUGGAGAUGAUGGUGGAUGGCGUGUCACCCACCUGCCAAGCUGUUGCAGACGUUUGCUCGAGACCAAUAUAUAACAAAACCAGUUGUAUUUUAGUGAGUCUUAGCUGUAUUUCCAGUGGCUUUUUAGGCACAAAACAUGGGUGUUUUGUAGCAACCUGUCACUGUGUUUCCAGCUGGGACAGUGGCACGAAAAGCGGUUGUUUUUUACAGCGACAACGCUGCGUUUCCAGUGGGGAUUGUGCCCCCAAAACCAGGUCAUUUAAACCAAAAUGUGAUCUUUUCCAAAAUCUAAACCACAUGUUAACCACAGCAAUGUUGAAACAUAAAGUGUUAACAAAUCUGCCACACAAUAACAUGCAAAUGUAACGUAUCCCUGGUUUUCAGAAAUGAACAUUGCCAACAUUUGUUAUGGCAAUUAGGUUUUCAAGUGUACCACUAGCUUUCAGUUACAAACAUUUUUACAUUUUUGUUAUUGAACUACAGUAUGUAAAUGUUAGGUAAUUUAUCAGAAUAUUAGAUUACAAAUGUGAUAACUAAUGCUGACUAGUACCAACAUACUGUAUAUUCUCAAAUGCCUGUCUUUUACAGACACCGUGGAGUUCCCUGAUCUCAUGUCAAAGAAUGUGUGUUUAUGAUAAAUAUAUUCUCAGUAAUAAGGCUUUGACAAAUAGAAAAUAUAUUUUUGAAAAUUGCAUGCUGAGUCAUUUCAGUCAUCUGUCAGUCUCUUUAUCUAUCCAACGCUUCGUUUCAGAGUAAAAUACUGGACACCUUUCCAGAUUGGAAAGCUUUUCAGUUUGUUGUGAUUAUCCCUAAUGAUCAUAUCUAGCACCUCGGUCAAGCCAAAAUUUGAUCAACAGUUUGGUCAAGUCUGCUGUGUGGGCUUCAAUGGCACGAUCAUACUGACUAAGAGCAUGUGUGUCUGUAAAGAACGUUCCAAA